UGAAGAUCAAGAUUAAGUACCUCUAAUGAUCAUUUUCAGAUAUCCUUCACAGUUCACCAUUGUGAAUAAAAAAAGCGAAAAGAUCACACGGUCAUCGUUACUCCAAGAUGACGCAAGGAAGAUCCACCGUCUCUGCUAUAUCAUCAUUAGAUCCCAAACACAACAAGCGAUGAGACCGUUCUUUUUCAAUCCACACCUUUAAAUUUGAGCAUAGUGAACAAUUGCACGAUGAAAGAUCCAUGAGCGGUGCUGUUAUAUCCUGUCAUAACUGACCUUCACAAUCACAUCGGCCUCACUUUUGCCAUGACCAGGAGUAGAACGGCGUUUUUAUUCUGUUGGUAAAAAAGGUAUACAGGAGCGUGGAGUAAAGCAUUAUAAAGGUUAGAAAGAGAUCGCCAUCAAAUCAAUCAUCGUGUUAUCAUCGUUAGUAACAAUUAUCGAAUUAUCAAAAUCGAAUAAGGGAAAAUGUUGUUGCGCUAUUACCUCGAUUUGAAGGGAAAUCGGGUCUACACGACCGAUAACAAGGCGCCGGAUGGAAGCCCGACUUACAGCGCACACCCGGGACGCUUUUCGCCGGAUGACAAGUAAUUUUUUAUGGUUGAUGUGCUUAUUUCAUGCUAGGUUAAGGUUUACCACGUUCUUGUUGCGGAGAUCUUAUUUGUUUUUGAUCUCAAUGAAGUCUAUAUAAUUCACGAACGUCAUUAAUUGAUGCAAAAAUACGAAAAAAAAUUCAGGUUUUCCGCCCAGCGGAUUGCGUGUAAGAAGCGUUUCGGCAUCCUGAAAACGCAGACUCCGGCUGAGGCGAUGUAGAAGCGUGUAUGAAUGUAGGCUAGAACAAGCGUGAGGAGGACGCACUGCAAAACCAUGCAUGUCGAAGAGAAGCAUCGCAAAUGCUUUUAUUUAGAGGAGGAGUUUUCUACGGAAGGAAAAAUGAAAACGAAGUAAAGACAGGGAGUUAUGACGAGAUGUACUAAAGACAAUGUUUUUUUACGGUCAUACAUCAUCAUCUCUUUUUUGGGAAUGAAUUUUAUCCACUGGUGAGAUCCAUCGUGCUUGCACGAGUGAUUUUCGCAAAAGCGGGGUUUAUGCGCAACAACCCGGCCAAUCAACGUAAAACACGCAACAAGGAACUGUUUUUCGCAAAUAAGGGAAGGCGAUUUGAAAUACGGAGAGCUCUUGCCCUGGGAAUCCAGAGCAAGGGCAUGCACAUAGUUCUGCACCAACGAAAUUGUUUGGUUGUCGGUGGUUGUUCUGAAGAUAAUGAUUUUCGGCGUGCAUCAUGAAACAAAUUUUCCUGCAGUAGGCAGGGGAACAAACAACGCUUGCUGAGAGCGGAAGGAGUAGCAAUCCCCAGG